ACAAGAGAAGUAUAUGGAAUGAGGUAGUAACCAGAUGGGAAGGAAGUGCUCACAUUGUGGGAACGUAGGGCACAAUUCAAGAACAUGCACUUCUUCUUCGUUUCUUGGAAUCCGUCUAUUUGGAACCCACCUUCUAGCAGAUCCCUCCUCCUCCUCCUCCUCCCCCGCGACGAUGAUGACGAUGAACAACAAGUACUUUAGCAUGGACUCGUUAACAUUAUUCCCCACUACUACUACUACUACUACUACUACUGCUGCUAUUGGUUAUCUAUCAGAUGGAGCUCCACCUCAAGACAAGAAGAAAGGGGUAGCAUGGACGGAAGAGGAGCACAGAAGAUUCCUGGUUGGGCUUGAGAAGCUGGGGAAGGGAGACUGGAGGGGCAUUUCUAGAAACUUCGUAACCACCAGAACACCGACUCAAGUUGCCAGCCAUGCUCAGAAGUAUUUCCUCCGUCUUGCUAAUACCGUAAACCACAACAAACGCCGUUCAAGUCUCUUUGACACAAACAAUACUCCUCCUACUACUGCUGCUGCUGCUGCUGCUACAUUGUCAUUUCACUUUCUUGAACAACAACAAACCAUCAACAACAGCAAUAAGCCGUUGUUAUCAACAGAAACUACUUCUGAAUCCUCCUCCUCCUCUUCCUCCUCCUCCUCUAUGUAUAAUAAUAGUGUGCCACCACCGGAUCUGGACCUCACUCUUGCACCGCCGCCACCACCUAACUCCUCCUCAUGCUUCCCCCAAUUAUAACUACUUUCUUUUCUUUUCUUUUCUUUUUCUUUUCUUUUCUACUCGCAAUCCAUUUUUCUCUAGGACAACAAAUAUUAUGUAUGUACCCCCUUUUAAUAUCUAUCCAUUCCCGUCA